CUUAUACAACAUUGGUCAACGAUUUAUGUCUGUUGCCACGCCUUUUGAUGCUGCACGUAAUCCGAAUGCCUCUCCAAAGUGUCGCAGGCAAAUGCGACGUUUUCUAGACGGCUUGAACAACUUUGAUUUCUGGGCUUUAAAAAUGCAUGACGCCACAGGCAAGAUCACUUCGGGCAUACUCAAUGGCAACAUUAAUCAGCCGGGUGACUUCGAUCAGUGUCUGGGCAUCAGCAGCGCUCCGGAUGACGCAGCAGCAGUCGACGAUGAGGCGGAUGCUGAAAUCAAGGGACAGUAUUGUUUGGCGUACGCACAGCCGGUGUUGCCACAUAAUUCGCAACGUUUGCGCGCCUUAUUCAAACUCAUACAAUCGCACGGGCCUUUCAAGAGCGAAUUCAAUGAUCCUGGCCAUCGUGUACCACGCUACUCACUGAUCAACUGGGGUAUUUGUGUGCCGGACGCUUGCAGCUACCAAGACGUGGAGUACACGGUAAAGGAAUACCUGAACAAUUUAACUACUUCCACCGGCAUUUCGUUCCAAGUGCGCGUGGAGCCGAAGUUAUGUCAAGUGCGUGACAACAAGCCAUGGGACCGCAAUACAACAUGGGCCGUGCGCUUCUUUCUCAUUAUACUCUCCAUUACUGUGCUAUCGACCAUUUACGAGCGCUGCACCAAAGCGGAUCAAAAGCCGAAUGAAUGGUUCACCGCCUUCUCUUUGGACAAAAAUCUACGUUGGCUCUUUAGCACCAGCUCCACGCCGAAUGACAUUGAGGCGGUGCAUGGCAUACGCUUUCUAAAUGCGGCAAUGUUGCUCUUCUCUCACAAAUCGAUGGCAAUGUUCUUUAAUCCCUAUAAUAAUCGUACGGAAAUGUCGGAGAGCUUGGGCCGCCCUUGGACCGUAAUAGGACGUGCUGCCUCGCUCUACACCGAUCCAUUUCUGCUCUUUAGUGGUAUGUUGACAGCAUACUCACUCUUCGGUCGUCUCUUCAAGGGGCAGCCAGUGCGUUUGCGAAAUGAAUAUGUCAGUCGUUUAAUCCGUAUCGUACCCCCACUAGCCGCGCUCAUACUCUUCUGCACUUUUGUACUACCAUUGUGGGGUUCGGGACCGCAAUGGAACUUGGUCGUUGGACAUCAUGCGGACAUUUGUAAACGAAACUGGUGGCGUAAUCUACUUUUCAUACACAACUACUUUGGUUUCAGUGAAAUGUGUUUGACACACACACAUCACCUGGGUAUUGACACCGAACUCUUUGCCGUCGCGCCUUUAAUGAUACUAGGUCUGUGGAAAUGGCCAAGAAAGGGUUUAUUCACUUUGUUGUUACUUGGCGCUAUUGGAACUGCAGCUCGCUACUACACCACCGUCGUGAAUCAGCUGUCCAAUUACAUAUACUUUGGUACAAAUAUUCAACGCCUCUUCCGCACAGCCGACUACAUGUACUCAUUCCCACCACACCGUUCUACAGUAUAUAUCAUGGGCAUUUUGCUUGGCUAUUGUUUGCGUAAAUACCGUGGCAUACAACUAACGAAAACACAGCUACGCCUUGGCUGGGUAGUGGCCACGGCAUGUGUACUUGUUUCACUGUUGGGACCCGCACCAAUGGGCGACAUCAACUACCAGUACAACACUACACAUGCGGCCAUAUACGCAGCAUUUGCGCCGAUUGCUUGGUGUAUAUUCUUUGCGUGGAUCGUUUUUGUUUCGCAUAAUGGCUAUAAGAACAAAUUCACAGAGAUGCUUUCAUGGAAGGGUUUUCAAGUGUCUACAAAAUUGUCCUACGCCAUUUACCUAACACAAUUCCCGGUAUUUUUCUUUAAUGUUGGCCGUCGGCGUCACAUUCAUCACUACUACAACUUUGUUUCCAUCAUUCUUGAUACCAAUGAAUUUAUUUGCAUAUUCCUCGCGUCGGUUGCGCUCACAAUCUUUUUCGAUGCGCCAUUCCAAAAUAUUAAAAAACUUAUUUUCAAACGCGCGCCGGCUCCGAGCAACAAACUGGAAAAUGGGCAUGUGAAGACAACACAAAUCAGUAGCGAUGCGAAACAGCCACAAUUAUUAGAAACAUAUCCCACGUCAGAGUCAAACACCACAGCAUCCACAACACUGACCAACAGUUCGACUUCAAAUGGGAAAGUCACACAUGAACACAGCGAAUAGUCAUUAGAUUUUAGUUCAAUAAACUGGUUAAUAUUUUAUUUAGCUUAAAGUUCGUAAUUAAGUCAUUAUUUAAUAAUUAGCGCGAGGUUUAGUCCAUAAGUCUGUGAUGCGUACGCCCUUUACUGCUGUAAAUUACAUACCUUUACCUUCUAUAUACUAUGUACAUAAGUAUGUCAACUUGUCCAACACAAUAAUUUUUAAUUUAUAAAUACGCACAUUAAACAAAUAUAAUUUAGAAACUUAUUUUUUGAGUUUGUUUUCCUAAGCAUUUUGGACACCAAACUAACCUUGAUGAAGCUUUUAUUUUCAUAUAAAACUUGACAGUUGACACUUAAGCAUACUGGAAAUGAGAAACAAACUGUAAAUAGAUAAAAACUGUCAUUUACUUUGCGGUAUCUUGCUCAAAAAGUUUAAAUAAAAUACAUGCUAUUGUUUUUACA